CAGUAUCUUACUAUGAUAACACAGCGACAACAAGCUGUACAAAAUGUGGUACUGAUGAUGGUAAGUCUAAUUUGUAUAUUGGGCGUUAUGUUUGUGUUGCAUUGCCCUGGAUUAUUUGUUCUGUCUUGUGUCAUGCUAUAUAUUAUUUUAAUAUAUUUUAUAUUUUAUGUUGUAUACUGCUAAACUGUCGGUUCUAAACUGUUUCGUUUGAGUCCCAGUCCAUUGUUCCAGCGUUAAUUGUUCUUGUUAUCCUUGUUUUGCUAUGUUGCUUCUUUUUGUAUUGUGUUUUCGUGUGCUAUUUUGCCUUGAGUCGCAUUUAGGCGUCGUAUUGCGCCAGUGGUGUGUUUUUGGCAUUCUGUUCUGCUGUACUCUAUGUUUGUCUGAUGUUGUAUCGUUUUUGCUGCGCUUCUUUACCCAGUUUUACUGAUUUUGCAAUUCAACCUUUCUAUUGCCGUUAGAUGCGUCGUGCCAUGCGUCGUGCUGUUGGACCCGUUGCAGGGGCCGUGGAUGGGCCCGUUGCAGGCCCCGUGGAUGGGCCCGUUGCAGGCCCCGUGGAUGGGCCCGUUGCAGGCCCCGUGGAUGGGCCCGUUGCAGGGGCCGUGGAUGGGCCCGUGGUUGAACUCGUUUUCAUUGAGGUUUGUUUGUUUGUUUGUUUGUUUGGAAGAUAAGAUUUGCCGUUGUCUGUUCAGUUAUAGAUACACAGUAUGACGUCAUAAUGAACAAAAAAGCGGCUCGUGCGCCGCCGAGGCGAGUGGGUCACUUUUUUGUUCUCCCCACAUUAUGAUGUCAUACUGUGUAUUUAUAACUGAACAGAUAACGGCAAAAUCUUAUCUAUUUGUUUUAUUAAUAAAAAGAUAAACUCCAAAUUAAACAGGUAAAUAGCUUACGUUUUAUAAUAAACUAAGCCUGAAAACCAGAAUAAACUAAGCCUGAAUGCGGUUAAUACUAAAUGUAUGUUUAUGGCAUCCAGGCAAAAAUUAAGUACUAUUCCUGAAGAACCUAAUAUUGCUAUCGCCGGAAACAAAAUUGAAAGAGUUAGAUCUUAUAAGUGUUUAGGUUUAAAACUGGACGAGAGUUUGACAUGGGAGCAUCAUGUUUCUACUAUAAUCUCCAAAGUCUCCAAGGUGAUUGGAGUUCUACGAAGACUAAACCCAUUGCUCCCACAGUCAACUCUUGUCAUGAUCUAUAACUCUUUAGCACAGCCUUACUUUGAUUAUUGUAGUAUUGUCUGGGAUAGCCUAGGUAAGGGUCUUGGACAAAGGUUACAGCGAUUACAGAAUAGGGCCGCAAGAAUUAUUACUGAAUCUGAUUAUAACAUUCGGUCAUCAGACAUUUUAACAUCAUUGAAUUGGACCAACCUUGAAACCAGACGUACCCAACAGUUCAAAACUUUUAUGUACAAAACUGUUAAUAAUAUGGUUCCUAGUUAUUUGUCUGGAAAAUUUACUUCCACGUCAAUGAUACACGAACAUAGUUUGCGUGGAUCUAAUCAUCAGAAACUUUUUGUACCAAGACCCUUAACGGAAUCCUUGAAGAAAAGUUUUUCCUACAGAGGAGCUACCCUAUGGAAUGACAUACCCGUCGAACUCACUAGAGUUCAAUCUCUCGCUGAGUUUAAAUCUAAAAUAUCUUAAUAUUUCUUUUAUAUUAGUUUCUUUGCAUGUGUAGUUUGUUACUUUUGUAAAUAGUUUGAUACUUUUUUAUUAGUAAUUAGUCGACUAGUAUAGGUACACGUCUCCAUUGAAGAGCACAUAACAUAACCUGUGAAAUGGACCUCGUGUUUUAAAUAAAGAUGUCAAUCAAUCAAUCAAAAAACCCAAACAUUUGAAAAUUUGAAAAAGUCGGAAUUUUGCAAAUAUCACGCCUUACCUUAAGUCACGUGUUGUGUUGUGAUUGGCUGCACAAAACUGUCCUCUAAUAGAUAAUGGUUCUCGACCAAUGAAAGCGCUUGAAUUCUAACGUUAUAUAAUUUAGAAUGGCAGCCGCACGUUAAGGUACUCUGGAUGAGGGAGUUUCCUGUUUAGCUUAAGGCUGUGGUUAAAACUCACCUGACACCAGAGAACCUCUGCAUAUAUAGCUAGUUAGGUAUGGUUACGUUAAGGUCAUAUUCCCAUGGGAUGAUGAUUGGUGCAAGAAUAUGUUUCUCUUUGAUCUUGAUCACAAUCCUAUACUUAACGCUAUUGUGCACGAAACAUGGGGAAUAACCACAUGAAAACGAGGCCAUUGGGGCAAAACAGCACAGUCUGUUGAAUGCGUCAUUAUGGUCUAUUGAAUGUGUUCGAGUAUAAUUUGGAAAAAACAUGUACGAGUGAGAAUUUAUCAAAGACGAUCAAAAUUGGAGUCUGGGGAAAACGUUUGAAACAUUUGGGAAAACAAAUUAACAAAUUAUUUCCCGAGGGAACAGAUAUUAAGUGUUUUGUUAUAUAGCAACGAAGAGAAAAUCAACAACAUCUACACAAAACAAUUAUAUUUCAUGAAGAAACUUUAUUUUAGCACUAAGAGAACCUGAUAAAAAGCGUUUCAGCAGCAUUUCUUGUUGCAUGUUUGGAACUGGAAAAAAUUUCUUUCUAAACCUUUUCCUCCAAUUUUGAUCAUUUAUUUACGUAGCCGGUCGGAGCGGACAACAAUUUUUCACUUGUUGCCCGACGGGAUACAUUGCAUUUAUCUAAAUCCACGUGACCACAAAUCAGCCAAUCACGUUUAGUUACAUGCAUAUAUUAUUCAGCUCACUCCCCAACGGGGCUUUUCAGUGACCGAUCUCAAGUAUUACGCUUACUUGUAUUAUCUACUUAGCCUAGACUAAUUAUCUUUUACAACAAUUGUGAUAUUACUUUCCUAACUAUAUUUAUCCUAACCCACCCUGUCAACUUUCCCUGUGGGAGGAAACCGGAGCGCCCGGAGAAAACCCACGACUUUCGGCAGAACGUUGACUGACUCUUUUCACAUGAGUCCGUAGCGAGAAUCCAACCCACGAUCUCAGAGGCGAAAGACGCUUGCUCUGACCACUGCGCCACCGAAGCCCUGGUUUAUACACUACCAGUACCUCUAUACCAAUGUCUGAUGUACGCUUUUUAGAAUAUUGAUUAUAGACUCGUCAUCAUCAGUUCUGAGAUUCAACAUUUAAGAGCACGCUCUGAGGGGGUGGGGGUGGGGAGGUUUGUGAAAAUGUUGAUAAUUAUGAACGACCCCCAAAUGAUCACCAGCUUUUAAUUGCUAUCGUACUUACAGUCCUCCCUUUUUUUUGCAGCCCUCUACAGUCCCGGAAAGCCUGGAUUAUUAAGGCAUGACAUUGGUUAUGUUCUAUUAGACGGAUUCGAAGUAUGAUAAAUCGAAACACUUGCUGUCUUCGUGAAGUCGGCAGGGCCGCCGAGGGGGUAACCUGGGUACCAGGCUGUAUUUUAGAAAUAAUAGCCUGACACAAACCUUAAUCCGAUAACUUUUCAUCCACAGCAAAGUUUAUAUUUAGUAUCUAAUCAAAAUGUCGCAGGAGAAAUUUAAAUUUCACACAACGACAACAACAAUCUAAUUAUAGUUGUGAUCGCUAUAAAAUAUAUCAACAACAAGAGUAUAAUCUAAUUAGCACCAACCAAUCAAAUGACAGAUUAAAAAAUCUUUUGUCUCAUAGACCAAUCAGAUUUACAACCUAAAUACGGUUGUACGGCAUGGACUUUUAUUAAGGUUUGUAUCAGGCCUAUUUAUUUAUUUAUAGGCCUGAUCGCAGGUUACCGAGAGGGGGGCAGGGGGGCAAAUUGCCCGGCCCCACCUUAUUGGGCCCCAACGUGAGAUCGAGAGCCUAAAAUUGAGGUCCUUUAAAUUGGUUAGAGCAUUCUUGAAAUCGAGGGCCCCUUACAGUAGCUCCACAUGCAGUAUUGCAGUUUAGCUAAGGUCUAUAGUUGGGUGACUGACAUGGGUUUAAAAAUAAUGAUGUCAUGGGGCCCCCAGAGAAGAUUUGCCUCGAUCCCCGCGAAUUCUCUCGGCGGCCCUGGUAGUCGGCAGGUGGACCAUCCUCUCCAUAUGAAAGGAGACUAGUUCUCAGAGCUAGAAAUCUGUCUCGUUCUCAGAGCUAAAAUGAGGCUGGUCAUGUAGCCGUCUUCUCAAUUUGCGUUCAGCCUGGGAUAGUAAGCAUUAAGCAAUAAUGGUCGCAACUGGAAAAAAUGUGAUCUCGAGAUCCUGAAUCCUGAGGAACAUUUUCCUUAGCAAGAGGACCUUGAAAUGUUUCACACAUAUUCCUUAUCUCAUUUGAGACAUGUAACACAAAUAGAGUCGAGUAUACUUUGUUGUGGCAUGCAUAAUGGAGUAAUGUCCGGUCAGAUGUUUUGUUUUUACAGACUUUUGAGGAACAUUUGAAAAGGCGAAUUCAGGAUCCGAGGAACAUUAAACACUUUUUUCAGUUCAGGUCUUGUAAUGAUGAGCCAUUUUUUGCACAUUUUGCCAUUCCUAGCCGACAGUAUUAGGCGAUUAAAAUGCUUUCAAAUUUCGCUUAAAGAGGCAGGAAAUAAGGUUAAAAUAGUUAAUGUUAAAAAGUUGGAUUAGGGUUUAGGCUAUAUUAGGCCAGAGUCUACCUACUGUAGAAAACAUCUACCAUUAACACAAAUGGAAAGUAUGUGUCCCUAACCACAACCCAUAUAUGCGAAGAAUGCAAAGAGAAAUAUGCCUUAAAACUGGCGAUUUGUUCCCAAUAUUUUAUUGUAUCAGUAGUUUAGUUCUUAUAGGUGUAUUGCUUUAUACUAAGCUUUAGCAAUAUGUGUAAAUGUUGACCAUGUCAAUAAAGAGCU